UUCCGGCUGGUGGGCAGUGCUCUGUGGGCUGUAUGUGGGCGAUUUUGACAGCAGCAGAGUUGUUUAGGAGACAAACAAGGACGUGUUGAAGGGGACAAUUCUUUCCCUCCUUGUUCCACCCGAACUCGCACUGACAGCUUCUCAAUGCACGGAGGUUUCUAACGGGAUGUCGGCUUCGGAUCGGGCUGUCCAUUGUAAGUCUGAUGAAUGAUCCUCCCCCUGGUCCCGUCCUCCGUCAUGGUCGACAUGGAGAGCCACUGCCGGCCGCCGUCCCCCCUAGAGGAUUCGGUGCUGGGCAGCCCGCUGUGUGGGGACUUCAUCGGGGGCAUGGAGGCGCUGCAGGACAUCUCCCAAUCCAUCGACGGUGACACCCACAGCUCCUUUGACGUCCCUGAGUACCAGUCCCAGUCGAGUAACGGCUCUGGCUCUGAAGGAUCCACCAUUCUAGAUGCUCUGACCCCAGCCUCCAGCCCAUCGUCGGGAGUGUAUGGGGCGGUUGCAGGGCAGGAAGAGUUCUCCUCCACCUCGCUCAACCUGGAGUGUCGGGUGUGUGCUGACCGCGCCUCCGGAUACCACUACGGAGUUCACGCCUGUGAGGGCUGCAAGGGUUUCUUUCGCCGGACCAUCCGCCUCAAGCUGGAAUAUGACAAGUGUGAACGCCGAUGUAAGAUCCUGAAGAAGAACCGGAACAAGUGCCAAUACUGCCGCUUCCAGAAGUGCCUGUCUGUGGGCAUGUCCCACAAUGCGAUCCGUUUUGGUCGGAUGCCCCAGUCAGAGAAGCUGAAGCUGAAGGCAGAGAUCCAGACGGGGGACAGGGAGGUGGAGGACCCCGAGCAGGCUGACCAGAAGACUCUGGCCAGGCACAUCUAUGAGGCGUACCUCAAAAACUUCAACAUGAACAAGGCCAAAGCCCGCACCAUCCUCACCGGAAAGACCAGCACUCCACCAUUUGUCAUCCACGACAUGGAUACCCUCCAGCUGGCAGAGCAGACCCUUGUUGCCAAGAUGGUGGGCACGGCUGGGGGCCAUCUGCUGGAGAAGGAGGCUGAGGUACGCAUCUUCCACUGCUGCCAGUGCACCUCCGUGGAGACGGUCACAGAGCUGACUGAGUUCGCCAAGUCUGUCCCCGGCUUCUCCAGCCUGGACCUGAACGACCAGGUGACUCUGCUGAAGUAUGGAGUGUAUGAGGCGCUGUUCGCCCUGCUGGCCUCAUGUAUGAACAAGGACGGCCUCCUGGUGGCCUACGGAUCGGGCUUCAUCACCAGGGAGUUUCUCAAGAGUCUGAGGAGGCCCUUCAGCGACAUGAUGGAACCCAAGUUCCAGUUCGCCAUGAAGUUCAACGGGCUGGAGCUGGAUGACAGUGACCUGGCCCUGUUUGUGGCCGCCAUCAUCUGCUGCGGAGACCGUCCCGGCCUGGUGAACGUUGGCCACAUUGAGCGCAUGCAGGAGAACAUUGUUCAGGUGCUGCGGCUCCACCUGCUGGCCAACCACCCAGACGACACCUUCCUCUUCCCCAAGCUGCUGCAGAAACUGUCCGACCUCCGGCAGCUGGUCACCGAGCAUGCUCAGUUGGUCCAGGAGAUCAAGAAAACAGAGGACAUGUCUCUCCACCCCCUGCUGCAGGAGAUCUACAGAGACAUGUACUGAGAUACUGAGCCCAGAGAGGAGGUUGGGGGCUGGGUCACACACCCACCUCACCCUCCAUUUUGGGGACAUGUACUGAGUCUAGAAAGGAGGUUGCCCUCCAUUUUGGGGACACAUGCGUGAACAGUCUCUCUGAAUAGUCCCACCAUGAAAGGAUUGAACCACUGGACCCCCAGAUGCAGGGUUGCUCAUCUUACAGACAGGACUGGACAGGACAAUAUGACUAUAUUCUGGGCACCUGUGGUGGCGUCCACUACUCCCACAGGGACCUAUAGGGCCAUAUUACCUGUGUGGACGGGCAAUGUGAAGCUGAAUUGAGUGUCCUGUUCCAGUGUUUGUCCUAACUAGAGAACAUGUAUUUGGCUGGGUUUAGACACCUUUGGCCAACGUCAGAAAGAAGUACACGGAUCAAAUAAUCAAUGGCUUGUUUAGAUAACAGUGGCUGUGUUUAGACAGGCAGCCCAAUUCUGAUAUUUUUUUUACUAAUUGGUCUUUUGACCAAUCAGAUCAGCUCUGAAAAAGAUCUGAUAUGAAAAGAUCUGAUGUGACUGGUCAAAAGACCAAUUUGUGGGAAAAAGAUCAGAAUUGGGCUGCCUGUCUAAAUGCAGCAUAUGAUUCAGUCAGACUAUAGCCACCAGAGUCCCUGCUAGAGGGGAUCCCUUUCCUAUACGGUACACACAUCUCUGACCUAACCAGGCCCUUGGGUGAUGAACAGCAGGACGUAUCGACAGAAUCACCACUCCAGCAGUAUCUUUAUAACUAUGUCAUUUUGUAACGAACUUCAGAGUAAGAGAAAAGAAUGAUAAUGUUGCACACAUAUUUUGCAGUAAAGACACCCAAGCGACUUCAAUGCCGAAUACAGACUUCAGAUGUGAGUGACUGUGUCUCACAGUAAGGCAGCUUUUUAGCGAUUGGAUGUCCUCCCCCAGUGAGGUUAUGGGAUUGCAUGGUCAAUGAGGUCCUCAUGAGUGUCUGUCUCUCUCACUGCCAGUGUGUGUGUCUCUCCUAUAUUCAGUUUCCUAAUACAUCACACUGUACCAGGUUACUGUCCCUCAGAUGUGGCUGCAGCGGCUCAAAAUCCAACUCACAGUACAAGUAAAUAUAACAUAUUGCUUAAUUCAUUUUGGGAAACCUCUCCUGUGUGUUUUCAAGCUCUUGCUCCUGCUUAGGCUAUAACUAACCAUGUCUUAGAAAUUUGGAUUCCUCCGGGGGAAAAAAACGACUUUAGCUAUAAUUGUUCAUUUAACAUUUGCAUAUUUGCUAAUGUUAUCAUGAAUGAGGCUACAGAGUUUCAGAAAGUGCUCCCCCUAUAUCCCACUGAGUUUUUAGUCCUUUGCUCUUUUGGGCAAAGACCCACAGCCUCAGAUGGAGGGACACAUUAUUGGCCUCCACAGGCCUCCGUUGUUCAAACGUCAGUUACUCAUCAGUCAUAUUUCGACCGAGAAUUCACUAUGUGCUUUUUAGUGAUGGUUUCACAUACCUUGCCCUUCAUCUCAUUUUCCUCUCCUAUCUAGACCAAACUCUAACAUGGAGGCUUUGGUGUGCAUUAUAUUCAUUUUAUAAAACCAAGGUGAAGCUCAAUGAUUUCAAAGAUUUUUCAUUUUCAAUACUUUCACAAACAAAAGUAAACAAACUACCAUGUCAAUAGUGUCCCCCCACCGUUCAGAACAUGGCUCCAUCAGGACAUUUGUUUGUAAGUGGUUUGAUUUCAUUCAAAACAGACUGAUUUGGAAAUGACCAAUCAGAGAUUCACUGUGUAAAUGCACCCACAACGCAACACUAAAGCACAGUGUAGUUACAAGAUAUGAUAUGACUCUUUUAUAUACUGUAAUAUUUGGCACUCCAUCUUGUUUCGUAUACUGGUAUUAAAGGGCUAAUAUGACUUCAAACUGUAAUAAAACCUUAACAAAGGCAGAUUUACAGCAUUUUAAGCCAUUAACAAGACAGCCUUUUUCUCUCUCUCUCUCUCUCUCUCUCUCUCUGUAAUUACUCCAUAGACUAGUUGUUUUAAUCUAGUAGAGAUUAAAUACUAAAACUGCCUCAUCAAACCAGCCAUCAAUCCUUCACAGAACUGUUGGGAAUGUUUCAAAGACAGAAUGAAAUAAUCCUUCAUGUGUGCAUGCUUUUCUGAUGGAAAGGAUAUACAGUACGUGUGUAUAUUUUCUGUGAGGGAAUGUUUUUUGUUCUUUGCUUACCGUAGCAAAUUCUCAUGAAUCCACAAAUCAAUGUUUUUUAUUGGUGUAAUGGACCUAGCUUCACUCUCUGCACCAUGUUGUAUUAAUGCUUUGUACAUAGAUUCAGUGAUUAUGUGAUUGCUUGCCCCAACUAUAACCAGAGGUAUGCAAGAUACUAACUAUUAUUGGGUAUGUUUUGUAUUCCUUUUUGUCUGGUAAAUACCUUUCAAUGUUUUAAAUGGUACAGAAAUGUAGGUAUGUUUUUGAUUAAGCGCUACCUAAUUUGACAAUGUUAUAAUUGAGUUGGAUCAUAUUUUUAUACUAAAGCAUAUAUAUAUAUAUCAUAUAUAUCAGAAAUUGUUUUGUUGAAUAACUAGGUUGAAAAAUGCAAUGUAAAUAGAGUAGCUAAGUAUCUGGUGAUACAACCAUAGAUGUGAUUCCCAAUGGGGACAUUCCUUUGGUUAAUUCCCACGAGAGAGAGAGAGAGAGAGAGAGAGAGAGAGAGAGAGAGAGAGAGAGAGAGAGAGAGAGAGAGAGAGAGAGAGAGAGAGAGAGAGAGAGAGAGAGAGAGAGAGAGAGAGAGAGAGAGAGAGAGAGAGAGAGAGAGAGAGAGAGAGAGAGAGAGAGAGAGAGAGAGAGAGAGAGAGAGAGAGAGAGAGAGAGAGAGAGUUAACAUGUUCUCUAUGUGCUGUGCUUCGCUGUAGGGAUACUAAAAGCACUCAUAGCAAAUAUCAAGACUUGAACAAAAACCUUUCAUGGGUUAUUGACACUAUAUUUUCACUCAACAACAUGAUCUGGAUAUAUUAUUUGUCUUGAACAUGCAUAAGUAAAUCAUCAGCGUUAAGACUGGUAAUAAGCUAUCAUGGCACAGAUCCUACAUCAAUACUGCAGGUUUCCUUCUAUGCUAUGGUCUCAGGUGGAAGAUUAGGUCAUAAAGGGGAUGAUUAGGGUGUCAUUUCACUAUUCAGAACAUAAAUGCUCCAUAACUGCAUCAUUAUGUUCUUCAAGCCAAACGGUUUGUUGUUUUUGUGGCCCUACUAUAUCCCUUCUCGGUUUUGAUACAUGUACAGUAUAUAGAACAUUACACACUCAUAACUUGUCCACAAUGAACAGUGAUUUAAUUACAGCUAAAUGCAGUAAAGAUGCAGUAUAUUGUUUAUUAGAAACUGGGUGUUUCGAACCCUGAAUGCUGAUUGGCUGAUAUAUCAGACCAUAUACCACGGGUAUGAUGACAAAACAUGUGUUUUUACUGCCCUAAUUACAUUGGUAACCAGUUUAUAAUAGCAGUAAGGCACCUCUGGGGUUUGUGGUAUAUGGCCAAUAUACCACGGCUAAGGGCUGUAUCCAGGCACUCCGCGUUGCGCAUAAGAACAUGGUAUAUUGGCCGUAUACCACACCCCCUCUGGCCUUAUUGCUUAAUUAACAUGCUUCCCCUGUAUCAAGCGUUUUACUGGCUUCCCUCCUCACUCGCUGCUGUGUUCUAACUUACUUAAUUAUAAUCAUGCCAUAUGUUAGAUGACUGAAUUUCAAGCUGCCUGUAAUGGCAGUUCUACAAUAUCUAUUUUUCUGGAUUGUCAGACCUCUGCAGAAUGCAACGCUGCUUUAAUCCACUAGAUUCUAGAAUCACAAGGUGAACAGAACACAUUAGGGAUUAAACUCAACCCGUGCCUUAACCUAUGACAUACAACGCUAGACACAAUAGAGUAAAGUAAAGCUGCACACAGUUCUGUACAGUUCUGUGUCCCCAGCCAGAAGCUGCUGGUAUGGAUAUGAUACUACACAGUACAGAGAUACACAAAGAGAGGAUAUGGCAUCAUGACAGAAUUAGGGAAGGUAUCAAAAUUGUGAUAGGCAGACAGACCAUUGUUGAAUCUGUGGAACAUAAUGACUGUUUGGAAUUACAUUCCUCCACAUUAGAGAGGUCGCUCUCUUGCAAUAGUGUAAAUACAAAUAACAUUAUAUAAUGGUUCAAACACUAGAGCAAAAACCCAGAGGAGAAGUUAUGUGAUUGGUAAAUUGAAGAUGUCUGCUACCCUUAAGGAUCUAUAUUGUUUUGUGUUGAACUGACAAGGGACUUUUGACAAGUAUCAGGGAAAAUAUUGUGUCCCAUAGUUUAUACUAGCUCAGGACAUAGCGAGGUACUGUUCUUCUUUUUUUAUUUUUCAAGUGAGUUUAUAGUGCCCUGCCAUACAGCACAGAUAUAAUAAUAAUAAUAAUAAUAAUAAUAAUAAUAAAUACAACUCUGCAGAAAUGAUGAGUGCAGAAGAUAUAGGAAAAAGGUUUGUAUUUUGUAGUAAAGAGUUGAUGCAGUGUUUUUAUGGCUAGUGUCAUGCAAAGAGACUGGAGACGGUCUUUGGAUGCUUUGUUUAUGUAUACUGUGGCUUGGUAACAAUAAAGUACAUGUUUGAUGAAUGUUUAUCUAGUAAUUUAAACAACAAACAAGUUGACUUUGAAUAGAUUGACAAAUAAAAUUAUUUAAAAAUCCAA